AUGGCCGGAUCUAAUGGUUCUGCUCGUGUUUCUUUUGGUCUGGCUGGAUCGGUAGCACUGCAGGAUGAUCGCCGCUAUAUGUUUGAGCGUGAAGCGGAUAGGAAUCGUGCUCUCCACGGUGGACCGUGGUUCUAUAGGAACACGAUGCUUCUGCUCGGUGGUUAUGAUGGGGUUGGAUCGGUGGAGGCAGUUCCACUGUGGAGUCUGGAGACGUGGGUGGUCGUGAAGGGCUUGCCAGUAGGCCUGCGAAACAAGGUUUCCCUAACCCUGAUCGGAUCAACCAUUGGUCAGGUUAUGCGUUUUGAUCAAAUGGCUCUCCGUCGUCGGGAGGAGGAGCAGAGAAUCCGGGUGAUCUUGGAUACUCGUCGCCGGCUUCGUUCCUGGAUGCUGUUUGAGUUCUCGUCCUCUGUUGAACUCGAGAUUAUCCUGCUUUAUGAGAAAGUGAAGGGUCUAUGUAGGAAUUGUGGUCUCUUUGAACAUGAUGUUUUGGGCUGUGAUGGAUUCCUCGCGAAAGAAAAGGAGGAGUUGCUACAAAAGCAGCCGGCUGCGGCAAUGGCUGGUUUAUCGCUGGAGGCUCCGGGGACGGAUUCGGGCUCUGCUGCUGCUUCUGGUGUGAAUCUGUUACAGCAGGGUGUGAUGGGUGCUGGUUUGGAAGUGAUGAUGGAUCCGGAGUUGGGUGGGCUGCAGGUGCUCGACUUGCAUGGGAAGCAGGGGAUCGUGGAUGUCCAUGCAUCUUUGCAUGAGGACGUGGUCAACCCACCUAUGAGUUCAGAGGUACCUAUAUGUGUUGGGACGGUCAUGGAAGGGUUGACUGAGGUUAAUUAUUUUAAGAACUGGGCAUCCAUGAUACCAUCCACUCUGCCUAGGGUGAUCUCAAUGCAGCAAGGUUUGUUUCCUAAGAAGCCUGAGAAGAGUAUGGCGAUGGGGUGGCAGAAUUCGAGCUUGGCUUCUGUGGGCUCGAAACCACAGGCAACUUUUGAGCUCACUAAGGUUGGGAAAAGGUAUCUGGCUCUUCCCUCCACUGAGCUGCAGGUGGAUGAAAAUACUACUUUGAUGCUGCAGCACAAAAAUGGCAAGAUCAUUGUUUCUCCUAAGAAGAAGAAACCUGGGCGUCCCCGUGGAAGCAAGAAUAAACCUAAAUCUGCUCGAGCUAUUAGGCUGGAUGAGCAAGUGAAGAAACCUCGUAAAUGGAAAAGCCAGAGGGACAAAGCUGGUGAGUUUGAAGUUGAAGAGAAAGCCAUUGGUACGACGAUCUCUGCGUUAGCUGGGGUGGCACAGGAAGGUGUUAUGGAGGGGGAGUCUCCCCUUCUAACUCCAAAUGUUAUUUAAUUUUAUUUACAGGUCGCAAGGAUCAAUUCAUCUGAGGAUUCAUUUUACUAUUUUGCUUCGGAGGUUUCUGAUUCUUGUUUGAAAUAAUGCGGUUGCAGAGAGA